UUGGAACAAUUUUUUUUAUUUAUAUAAAUAAGAGAGCCCUGGCUGGUCUGUAUAUGUAUGUGAGUGAGUCCCUGCCUUCUUGUUUCAGAUCCGCAUUUGCAAUCAGCAGCAACCAGAAGGGGGGUUGGGGUUUAAUUUGAUCACAACACAGACUCACAAGGAAAAAAAAACACAACACCACACAGAGCCGAGACCGAGAGCAAUUAAAGACGAUGAGUGAAUCUAGUGCAAAAUCCAGCCAGCCCUUGGCUUCCAAACAGGAGGAGGACGUGUCUGAGAAGAGAGGACGGGGGCGACCCAGGAAGAAGCCUCAGCAGGAACCCAGCGAGGCGCCAAACCCCAAGAGACCACGUGGCAGACCAAAGGGGAGCAAAAACAAGGCCAGUUCUAAAGGCAGGAAAGCUGCAGUAACACCUGGGAGGAAACCUCGAGGCCGGCCCAAAAAAUCACAAAAGGACGAGGAGGAGGUGAACGUAUCCCAGGAGUCGUCCGAAGAGGAGCAGUGAAAACGCUUGAGCCCGGCACUACCUCAUCAAUCAACUUACCAAUUUCUCGUCACGUACUUGGACUGAGGAAGGAACAAAACAAAACAAAAAUCCUAGGUGGGAUUUUUUGUUUUUUUUUUCCCUCCGCAACUUUCUCACACUCAAAACAGCAGCAGCACUGGAGUACAGAUCAAACCGACGGAGCAGCCGUCGCGCCGGCCGCCGUUAACGUGAAGGGAGAGAACGGUCUGUUUCACUUCCUUAUUGGACAGGGUUAAACUUUAGCCGACUGAUUUUACGUAGUUUCUUUUGCUCCUGGUGAAAUUCACUGAGGGAAGGUUCCUUUAGC